AUGAUCGCCGUGACCCGGCGCCUGCGAGGGCGGACGGGCCGGAUCCAGGCCUUCGCCCAGGCUGAGGCGGAGGCGACGCAGGAGCUGGAGCGCGCCGUGUUUCAACUGGACUCCUACCGGGUCGGCGUCUUCAACCGGCUCCUUGAGACGCACCAUCAUCUGAAAGAAAGGCUCGCUGCCAAGGAGGAGGAGCUCUGCGCCGUGGCAGCCGAGGUGCUGUCUUGGAGGACCCGGCUGAUUCGGGCCGGCUUCCACUACGACCGGCUCUUUGCUGAUGCCGGUCGGCUUGGAGCCAAGGUGGAGCAGGCGAGGGCGGAGGUGACGGGAGCCCGGCGGGCGCUCGACGAAGCCAGCCAGCUGCAGGAGCAGCUAGCGGGCGACAAGGUCCAUCUUGAGGCCGAGGUGGAGAGCCUCAAGGCGGAGGCCGCCAAGGUUGUGGAGGCGCAGCAGGCCCUUGCCGAGGCGGACCUGCAACGCGGCAAGCUGGCCGACGACAAGGGGCAGCUCCAGGCUGAGGUGGAGCGCCUGAGGGCGCUGGUGGCCACGGCGGAGGAGACCCGGCAGGGGGAGACCCGGUGCCGCGAGGAGGCCAUGAAGGCGGCCGAGGACAAGGACGCCGAGCUGAAGGCGGCGCUUGCCAAGGUCGCUGAUCUGGAGAUGACGCUCCAGGAGCGUGACCGCACCAUUGCCCGGGAGCGGCGCGGUACGUUGCUCGAAGCGCAGCACCUCGAAGAGGCCUUCCUGAAGACGCGCCAGCUGGCAGAGGAGGCAGUCCACUUUCAGCGCGACCUGCAAGGGAUCGUCGGCUCCGGGACUGACCCGCGGGUGGCCUGGACCUUCCCGGAGAUCAUGGCCGCUGCGGAGGCCCCUCUACGAGUAUUGAGCAAGCAGAUGGGGCGGCUCUCUGAGGCCGGCGCGGCGAUGACGGCGGCCCUCUGGCCGGGUGCCGUCGCACCGACCAGCUUCAUGCAGCUGGCGUGGUGGUUGGAGGCGGGCCCGGACCGUCUUCAUGAGUGGCGGGUUUCCGCCGCUCGUGCCAGCGCCGAGAUGGCGCUCAGGUUCGUGGUGUCUUGGCAUCCGGACCUGGCGCUGGAUGCGUUGAUGGGCCAGCGAGCUGGCUCGGAGAGCCAGCUGCAGGCAGAGGCCGGACGGAUCGCCGCCCGGGCCAGCUACAUCGCCAGGUUCGCCUUCCAUGAGAAGUUCCAGCCGGAGCGGGCGGAGGAUGGCGGAGUCGUGCCUGCUGACGACUACGGCCUGCUUCUAGACGACCCGAAGGGCAGCUUUGAGGAGACGGACGUCUACCGCGAUGCGGACGCCGGGGAGGAGGAUACCGGCACCUUGGCGGACCCGGGAGCUGCGCGAUCCGGCGGUGGGAAUGCCUGA